UCAGGUCACUACGGUAUCAACAAAUCUGGUAAAACAAGUUAGCGGCACAGAUUUAUAGAUUAAAAGUCCUUAAAUUCAUACUGUUACAGCCUGUUAAACUAGAUAUAUGAGCUGUAGUCGGUCUGCGGCUGAAAGAUAAAGUCACACUGUAAAGAAAAAAGGAUGCUGGAUUUAGAAACAUCGAUCACAACAACAACCGAUUAAAGAUCUGCAUAAUGAAGCGAUCAUGACUGGACCCUGACUGCAACCUCUCUGCGUCUCUCGAGUUAACAAGGCUGGGAAAAUGAGUGCUGUCGGGCUCUGUGGUGAAUCAAGGCUUUCCCAAAGGCUUUGAUAUGAAGUCUCAGAUGUCCCGCUGGCUCUGUCUGCUCAGUGUGAGUCUGCCACUGCUCUUCUGGUUUGGACAUGUGAUCAGACGGGACGGUCCUCCACCUGUGGGACCAAGCACCGGGCUCAGCGGGUACAUGAGGAUCACCCCAGGUGGGAUGGACCAGUUCCUGGACAAGCGCUGCAACCAGUGUGCCUUGGUCUCCAGCUCAGGUCAGAUGCUUGGAGCUGGUGUUGGAGAAGAGAUAGACAACAUCGGAUGUGUGAUCCGGAUGAACAACGCACCCACACUGAGGUUUGAGGGAGACGUAGGGACCCGCACAAGUAUUCGUGUUGUGUCGCACACCAGUGUUCCCCUGUUGGUAAAAAACGAGCGCUACUAUUUCCAGCAAUCGGCAGACACCACAUAUGUGGUCUGGGGUCCUGAAAGGAACAUGAGGCAGGACGGGAAAGGCCGCAUUUUUAAUACACUACUGAAAGUAACGAUGAAGUAUCCCAACGUCCGAAUCUACGCUGUGACCAGAGAGAAGAUUCAGUAUUGUGACAGCGUGUUUCAGAAUGAAACUGGAAAGAACAGAAUGAAAACAGGGGCGUUUCUCAGCACCGGAUUCUUCGCAAUGAUUCUGGCUAUAGAUAUGUGUAACAGCAUCCACGUUUAUGGGAUGAUCGAUGAUAACUACUGCAGUCGAGCCAAUCACAGUAUUGUUCCUUACCAUUACUACGAGAAGAACAGAAUUGAUGAAUGCAAGAUGUACAAGGUCCAUGAGCACACACAACGCGGGGGGCACCGAUUCAUCACUGAAAAGGCCAUUUAUGCCAGAUGGGCAACACGCCACAAGAUGGAGUUUAAACAUCCCUCAUGGAACUUUUAACGAUGGAAAUCCAAAAGCUGUCCUUUGACUCUUCAGGUGGUAUUCAAUUUUGCUGGCUUUUGAUCACCACUGCUGAAAAUUUUAGUGUUAGCCGAGAACUUUAUCAAGUACUUCAAUUUGUUACUGGAGCUUUUAUAUGGAGUAUGACUUUUUUACCAGCUCAGCAGUUUUUAGAAAGAAGAAAUAAAGAAGCCACAUUUGAUGUUGACUCUUUGUGGGUCAAAUUAUCUGCAAUAAAAAGUAUUACAUUUGUUUUGUAUGCUUAAGAUGCCAUAAGUAUUUAACUGGUGGUAAAGUACUGCUGUCAGUAUUACUGAAUAUGUGUUUAGCCAUGUAUCAGUCACUAAAGUAGACUCUAAAACCAAUGUAUACCAAAGCUUACAAUUUUAAAUGUAUUUUUAAAUGUGCCUUUACUUUAUGCCACCAGUGUAAUUUAAAGCUGCUGUGAGACAGGAAGUGUAUUCAUAUUCCUGUUUUCCUCUCCGUUAGUUGGUCAGUGUGUUAUCUACAGCUGCAGCGAUUAGUCAAUUAAUUAAUUAGUCAGUUGUCAAAAAAUUAUUCGCCAACUAUUUUGAUAAUGGAUUAAUCAUUUCUUGUUUUAUUUCUCAUGAAAAAAUGUCCAAACUCUUUAAUUCCAACUUCUCAAAUGUGAAUAUUUUCUGAAAAAAUCAACAGAUAAAUUGUUGAAAAGCGUUAGUUGCAGCCCCUUAAUUUUGCUUCAGAACUUGCCUUGAAGUGAAGACAAGUUCAGAGCUUAAAAGCAUACUUUACAGGAUUUGUCAGUUGCUGUUUGUAAGCACAACAUUUAAAGUUGGUAGCUGGGAGCUACACACCCACGGCCAAAGAUUUGAUCCCCAUUAAUGUCUGGAACACUGCAAAAUAAUAAGAAAUACAGGCAGAGGGCAGUAGAGGGCUGUAGACGCAUACACUGCCCCACACUUUUAAAGAGUCAUAAGUAAGGAUUUUUGACUUUUGUAUGAGUCUAUACAUUUUAUUUUUUUUUAAGGAAAAAGCUGUAUAGAAUGACUUUAACUGUCAUUUUGCAUUUUAAAAAAGCAAAACUGUUAUUGAUUUCAAGAGAGUAUUUUCAUUUUAUUCAUUUUUCCCUCGUUUAUUUUUGUGGCUACUCGAUGCUGUGGCUGUGGGCCUUACCUCAUGCUCAUACAACAGAUCAACAACAAAUGAAUAUGCUGGUUCAAGCAGAUUCAGGUUGAUAUUUAAUACACUAACUGCGAUAUUGAAGCUUUAAGAUGAUUCUUUGCCCUUACUGCAACCACUGCAACCAGUUACAGUGUUAAAAUGCUUGAAGUAUUAGUAAGCUGUUUCUUUUAAUCUAAACAUACGCAAAUUUUAAAAGUGAGCCAAGUGCCAUUUAACACUUACAGUGAUCGUGAUGGUUGUGUUACAUGUGGAGGCGUCAGUGGUCAACCACCAUGACAUACAUUAUUUAUGUGUACGUUUUUUAAAGUAAAUCAACCACAGGGCAAACACUAUUAAAAUAUAACCGCAGAGGUUUACUGUGAACGUCUUUGGCCAACAAACAGAAGUAUUAAACAUGAUGAAAAUGAUAAGAGAAUACCAACAAAUCCUACAGAUAUCUGUGGUUUGUGUGUGUUAUCUGUGUUGGAGGGAAGUUGAGACUGAAUACAGACUUCUUGGAGGCCUGAUUAGACAUUUGUAAUUUGUGCAGCUGCACCACUGUGUGGCUUCUUAAAGCCUCAGAUGGAAAAGAAAUCUGCAGAAAGUUGUGUGCAAAGGUCUGAGUGUUACACUGAAUGUAAUCAGAUGAAUACCAUAAACACAAACUGAAUUAUUUGUUUUUAGAUAUUUACUUUAAAAUUGUUUACCCAUUAUAAUUGUGCUGCCUGUUUACAAUGAAACCUAUAGUGCUGCCUUUUUUUAGUUGCAUAAUGAUUAUUUUGUGACUAAUUCCAAAGACUGUAAUAGUAUUUGCACUACUGAGCAAACUGCUGUGUCAAAGUAUUUUACUGUAAUGUACAUUUCAGUUUUGAACUGACUGUUUGAUUUAAAGUGUGUUAUUAAUUAGUUUUUGGCAAACGUAAGUAGUCUAAUUAUGUAAUGUGCAAGAUAAGAACUUGAAUGUAAACUUGACCACUGGCCACUGCUAAUAUGAGGUGGAUUUCAACAUGAAUAAACCUGUCAAAUAUA